UGGCUGUACUCUCAGUCCGGAGCUCGAGUCGCAAAGUUGUCGUUCCUCUCUUUUGGUCCCAGUGAGCCAACGAGCCCAAAAUUUUUCCGAGUGUUCCCGAGGAAGCAGCAUCAGGAAACGGUCGAUUGCCAAUUCGCCCGUCGCAGGAUCGUACGGGCCAAAUCUCUCGUCGCACGCGUUUACCAUCGUAUAUCGGAAAAUAUCGCGCGCGCGCCCUUAAAAUAAACGGCAUUCGCCGGAUUUGCGUAUACGGCCACACUCGCUCACACCGGAUCGGAGAGGAGGGCGAGCCUGUUGUAUCGUGUGUGUGAUCAUCCACUGGAGACGGUGUCAACGAGAAAAGAACAAACAAAAUGUCGGACCGAAAAGCAGUAAUCAAGAAUGCUGAUAUGUCGGAGGAGAUGCAACAAGAUGCUGUUGACUGUGCCACUCAAGCUCUCGAAAAAUAUAACAUUGAAAAGGACAUUGCAGCAUUUAUCAAGAAAGAGUUCGAUAAAAAGUACAACCCAACGUGGCAUUGCAUUGUAGGACGUAAUUUUGGUAGCUAUGUGACACACGAAACAAGACAUUUUAUCUAUUUCUACCUUGGUCAGGUAGCCAUUCUUCUCUUUAAGAGCGGGUAAACUUGUUUUGCUAUCCUCCUAAACAUCCUUUUUCCUUCCUCUCUUCCUCCCUUGCUCACUAUGCAAAAUACAUACAUUUAAAAUCACCGCCAUGUGUAAAAGAGACUUCAUUACUCAUUAAGUAUGUACACAUGAAAAAUUUAUUUUAAAAAAACAACGCAUGUUCCCGAUAAGCAAAUGAAGAUAAAUAUCAACAUUUCUUGAUAUAUUGUUUGUCGUUACAUAAGUAAAAGAAUAAUCUAAAAAAAAAUUCUGAGAAGACAGCCGAAGGGUAGGGAGAUAAACUAAGGAAAAAAAAAAAGAAGAAAAGUAUGACAUACAACUUUACAUGUUAAAAUGUAUUUUGUAUGCCAAGAAGUUUGUUGUGUUCUUGUUUUAUAUUAUUAGGUAAAUAUGCAGAAUAUACGGUUAAAUUCAAUACUGGCGAUUUUAACUUAGUAAAUUUUAGCGUAAAAUUAUUUAAUCUGUAGUGUUCGAACAACACUAAAUGGAUUACAUUUUUCGCGUAGAAUAGGUUCGUGUACUCUACUUGAGUCUAUGCAGGGUGUCAAAGUCUAUUCGCACCCCCUACAUUUCAGAAACUGUUCCAAAAUUGUGAAAAACCGGAAGUACAUGGUAUCCGUUAAGUAAUCGCCAAUAAUGAAUGUAAACCUAAAUGAGAUUGAUUGCCCCUGUAAUUAUUAUUUUAUAUUAAUUGAUAACCACUGUUGUCUCUUACGUACUGCGUACUGAUUAACCUUGAUUUUGUAUAUGCUAUACAACUGCGACUGAUAUCUUUUGUUACAUCAAGAAUUCUCAAAAUGAAUGAACGAAAAAGGAAAAAAAGGAGCUCAAUCUCUCUUUCGACGUACGAUAAUCACCGUACACAUACUCUAUUGAUAACUUUAUUUCCAUCAGAUAUAAAACUAACAUGCUAUUGAAUAACAA